GAUCACGAUCAACCUCUGAGAGUGCCCAGGAACGCCUCAUGCGUAUUAUAAAAUGGCUAGUCCUUCUAUUCAGCUUAGUACUUCCCAUGAUUGAAGCCUAUGGAAUCUGGUUAGCCCACCACCAAGCGAGUCUUAAUAAAAAGACUUGUAGGAAUAAGGGAUUUUGGGAAGAUGAACAGAUCUGAAGGAAAGUUGAUGAAGAAGGGUUUUGGGUCAAGAAGGGCCUAGAAGUGGGAUAUUUGGUGGGAACUACGGUCUUGUUGGCCAUUUGUUCACAUGAGAACUGGCAAGAUAAGUAUAAGGGAGGGUGGAGUUAUGGCUCGAAGAUUUAUUAUGUGGUUUUGGUAAUGUUUUAUGCAUCAAGCAGAGAUAUGUGCUUACUGACCUCUCGGCUAUUGGAAUACGGAUUCGAUUACAGAAUCGAUAUCAUCCUCUGAAUGGUAUUCCUUUUCAGAAGAUAUGUGACCCUUUUCUGCCAAUGAAUGGUACUGAUGGAAAUUUGAAAGAAAUAUUUACACUGUUUUAGAUUAUCUAAAUUGCAGGACUGAGUCAAAAGACUCUUCAGCAUAUCAGCCUUCAUUCUCUUCGAAAUCUCAUGAAUCAUUAUUAGCUCAAACUUCGAAGAAAUCAUUUCUUUCCUAACAAGUAAUAUUUGGAUAAUGAUGAUUCAGAAUUCUUUCUGGGUAUAUCUCUUAUUCUACAGUUUGCUUACCCAAGAAAGGUUUCGAAGUACUAUAAGUAUUCCGAAGGCGUUAUAUGAUAUUAUAUACUCUCUGAUCUUUAGUUUUGAUAUAACUCUUGCAAUAAAUUAUUAUUACCUCACAGAGAAAUUUUCUGGGAAUACCUACACUCAGAUAAAACUGAUCUUUCUCUUCUUAUCUAUCAACUUCUUGAUGCUUCUUGGAUUCAUAUUCCAUCAAGUUGUAUUUUUAGGUCCUUAUUAUCCAGAGAGCCUUCAAAAUUUCAAAGAAUAUAUCUACAGAUUGUACCCAGAAUUUGGAUCUGAAACUUUCAAAGAAUGGAAAAUACCUACUUGAGCCUAUUGUAUGAACAGCUUGACUGAACCAUGAGUAUGAUACUCCCCAAACAACUCACAACAAUUUCUGAGUCAAAACUGUAAUACUGCAUUUUGUGUAGCUUCUAAAAUAAAGGGAAUGAAGCUAUAUCACAUUAUGAGUUAUUACAAAGAGCAUUACAUCAAAACUCCUUGUGGCCACUAUUUCCACCCAGAAUGCAUCGCAAUGUGGUUUAGUUAUCAUUCUUUUUUAUGAAUCUGAGGAAAGGCUUUAUAACAUUCUUCAAGAAUAUAUACUUUCAGUCCUUUUAAA